AUGGUUGAAAUAUCGCUACGAAAGGAUUUGUACCCAGUAUUUAUUGCUUCUAUCAUAAAUAAGAGUCUAAAAGGGUUAAAAGAAGUUAGACAACUGUCAGAACUAAAUAUCAAGAUUUUUUUAGCAGAGUUGAAUAAACUUGCACUUUCUUAUAGCGAUAAAUAUGGCUAUAAGGACUUGAAUGAGAUCACGCAAGAAGAAUUGUCCAAGGUUAUACAGAGUACUGAAUUCAACAAGUUUGUCAGUAUACUGGACGAGAAAUUGAAGGUUGAAGUUUUACCUGAAGCUUAUGAAUCACAAAUAUCGAAUAUAAUAGUCGAUUCGGCUUAUAAUCACUCCCUGAAUAUACUCAAGGCUAUCAAUGAUUUGAAGUCGGUUUAUAAACAUCAUAUUGAUUAUGAAAGCAGGGCACAACCCGAGUCUAAGGACAAGUCAAAUUCCGUGGCAGAUGAAGAAUCGAAAGAUGUAGAAAUGGAAAGUGCGGAGGAGGAAAAUGAAGUCAAUGCUACGGAUAAAGAACACGAAGAAAAGCAAGAAUCUUAUAGUCAAGAUGAAGUGACUAAUGAACCUCAAACGAAUGAUCAUAAAGCAUCAGUGGAUGAGGUGGAUAAAAAAGAUGAUAAUAUAGCCAUAAGUGAUAAGAAGGAUCUCGAGAUAACCGACUCAAAACGAGAAGAUGGCGCUGAAGCUGGUAACCAAAAUGUCUACAAACAAGACGAUAAAGAAAAGGAUGAAAGAGAGGAUAAUGAAGAGGAUAAUGAAGAGGAUAAUGAAGAGGAUAAUGAAGAUGAUAACGAAGAGGAUAAAGGAAAAGAUUCGAAUAUUGAUGAUUCCGAAAACGACAAAAAGCCAUCUCAAGCUGAAUCCGACUCUAUUCAUGAAAAACUUGAAUCACCGAAGGAUGAUGCAGAUAGUGUAACUAAUGAGGAUCACAAGGAGAACGACCAAGGCUCACAAAAUACUGUAUCAGAAGCUCAGAUUAAAGACAAGGAUCAAAUUGAAGCAAAUGACCAAGUUAAUGAAGAUAAUCUCAUUGAAAAAGAUGAUCGAGUCAAAGAAGACAACCAAAUUGAGAAAAAGGAUCAAAAUCAAGAUGAAGACAGUGAAGAUGUAGAGGAAGAAGAUGUCGAUGACGAUGAUGAAGAGGACGAUGAUGACGAUUCAGACUCUGAUGAUGAUGACGGCCAUAUUCGUGAAAUUAAGCGUACUGAAAGACAAAGAAAAGCUGCACAAAGAAAAGCUUUGCUAGCCAAAGAAUCUCUAACCCAGACCGGUCGCAAGCGUUCUAUCUCACCUUCUGCUCCUAAUCCACAGCAACAUAAAAGAUUUCAACAUAUCGCUGUUAAUCUUAUCAAUAAUAUACAAACGCAUCGUUUUUCAUCCCCAUUUUUAAAUCCUGUCAAUAAAAAAGAUGCUUCAGACUAUGAAGAUAUCAUAUACCAACCAAAAGACUUGAAAAGUAUACUUAAGAAUAUCAAACUGAAAGCCGAUUCGCCUCCCUAUAAAACAAUAAAGGACCUAGAAAGAGAUAUCAUGCUAAUGUUUGCUAACUGUAUCAUGUAUAAUAGAUCUGAUACCGACUUGGUCGAACUUACCAAAAGUAUGAAAAACGACGUCAGGGACUCGUUCAAAAUGUUUGAAGAUGCUGCUUCAGACAUAAAUAAGUAA